UUACCCCAAGGAUCCUGGAGCUUCAGCAGAAUGGUGACAUGGACAUCCUGAAGCACAAAUGGUGGCCAAAGAAUGGCCAGUGUGACCUGUACUCCUCAGUGGACACAAAGCAGAAAGGAGGUGCCCUGGAUAUAAAGAGCUUUGCAGGAGUCUUUUGUAUCCUGGCGGCUGGAAUUGUCCUCUCCUGCUUUAUAGCCAUGCUGGAGACGUGGUGGAACAAGAGGAAAGGCUCCCGGGUCCCAUCGAAAGAGGAUGACAAGGAAAUUGACCUGGAGCACCUCCAUAGACGUGUAAAUAGCUUGUGCACAGAUGACGACAGCCCCCAUAAACAGUUUUCCACCUCGUCAAUUGACUUGACCCCUCUGGACAUUGACACUUUGCCAACACGACAAGCCCUGGAGCAAAUCAGUGAUUUCAGGAACACUCAUAUCACCACAACAACCUUUAUCCCAGAGCAGAUCCAGACUCUUAGCCGCACACUGUCAGCUAAAGCUGCCUCUGGUUUCGCUUUUGGCAACGUGCCUGAGCACCGAACUGGCCCAUUUAGGCACAGGGCACCUAAUGGGGGCUUUUUCAGGAGUCCUAUAAAAACAAUGUCAUCUAUUCCUUAUCAACCAACUCCUACCCUGGGGCUCAAUCUGGGUAAUGAUCCAGACCGAGGCACCUCCAUAUGAGCAUCCAACAAAAUCUCUUCACUGUUUCUUUUGUAGGACUCCCUCUGCAAGGAGCAACUCUAAAAUUGUGGGACUAACAUGGAUGUAACACUUAAAAAAAAAAAAAUCAGGAUUAUUAGUAACAAUUAUAGUUCUUUCUCUCCACUUUCUCCCUCUUCUCUCUCUUCUAUUUCUUUCUCUUUUUCCCUCUCUUUCUGUACAUUUCCCUCCACUUUUUUUCAUUACUCAACUUGUUCCCCCAGAAUAUAGUAUACUAGGAUCCUAUUAGUCCGCUUUUCAUAUACUGUACUUCAAGUAUAGGAAAUGUGCACUGAGUAUACUAAAAGUAUAUGCAGGAUUAAUUUUACAUAAAGGCCUCUUACGUAACAUUUCUCUAUUUUUAAAAAUAUAAUUGCAAUAACUUCAGUCUUUUUACAUUCUUCUGCUGCAUCCAUACAACGCUCCACUGUUGUUGAGUGUCCUUUAACUGUGGACCAAAGGCAACCCCUGCAGUGUUUAUAAAAUAAUUUAAAGACCAUUCAGGCCACAUAAUAUGAGAAUGCAAUUUUGUAGGAUUACAAAAAAGCCAUUAAUAUGCCAGUCAAGACUACAGUUAAAACUACUCUCGCACUGCAACAGUGCAUAUGACCUUUAUGUGAUUGUACAGUAUUAAAAGUUUUUUCUUAUGUACAGUAAACUUUAUCAUAUGGCAGAAGCCUCUAUUGUGUUAAAUAAAUUAGUAUCUCAUCUAUAUAUACAUAUAUAUGCACCUAUAUAAUGUGUAUAUAUAUUAAAGGGCGGCCAUUGCUAUUGCAAUUCAUUUAAUAAAGCUUUAGUUUAAAAAAAAAAAGCAUUGUAUACAGGAACUAUGUAUAGUGCAGGGGGUCUUUUCAGUUAGAAAAGGCAGGUUGCUUUAAUGUUCUUCUGACUCGUAUUGUUUGCCAACAGAGAAUAUUUUAUACUUUUGUUAUUAAAACAUCCAGGGCGAUUUAGUAUUUGUUCCUAGAUGUAACUCCUUUGAGUAGGUUUUGCAUUUGUUACUCAGCAGUGUAUAAAGCUAACCUUGAUAAUUUUACUUUUAAUGAAUAUCUAAAUGGAAAAUGCUAUUAGCCAGACCACGUCCACAGCAGCACAUAGAGCUCUAGAAGAGUUGAAACGUAGAUCAUUGAAGGUUAAUAAAUUCUCUUCCAAAGCAGAAAGCCAAUCGAUACAGCUGUAGUUGGGGAGAGGUGGGAGCCCUUAUGAAAUAUUGAUGUGGCCUUAAUUACUGUCCUACAUUAUCCUAAAGAAGAAAAUAUAAUGACCAUACUGGGCUCUCGACUUAACCCCGCCCCCCCGCCUUUUUAUUCAGUUCUAUUUGGAGGAGUUAUGUAUUUUUUACAUUAGUGCCAAGUGUAUAGGAGGAUGACAGCAAAAACAGUGCCUCUUUGUGCACGAUCCUUUUAAAGUAGCAUUCUUACCUGUUAGAAAUAGAGAAUGAACUUUGUUUGUAAUCCUUAAAUCAAAACGUGGUAAGUAGGAAGCAAGAACUUAUCCUGUGUUUUUACGCAGCCAUACACUUAUUUUAAUCUAAUUCAUUCCGUAGCUAGGAUUGAUAUAGGAAUCAACCUAUGUGAUUUGCUUUAGGAGAAAUUAAAAGGUAUAUUCUUAAGGUAUAUUAUAUUUUGAUGCUAAUUCUGUUCUGGGGAGCAUCUUGUACUGUCACUGUUUUUGUACUAAAUCUUCAAAUAUUGUCUACUGUGUAAGGCAGAAAAUUUUCUUAUCAUGCAAAAACCAUUUUGUUUCCAGGGUAACAAGUACCUAAGUGCAUGCACGACUUGUUUUCCCUUGUAACAUUCAUGAUCUCAUUCACAACACUGAUUUUAAAACAAAACAAAAAAAAAUUCUUUACAACAAGCUAUAUAGGGACAUACCAGAUGUUGCAGUGAUUUUAGCUAUCAACAAACUGUUAACCAUGUACAAUACUUAAAAUAGGCCUAUUUUGAUGUAUUGCCUAUUAUACGAAUACACAAAACACUUUUUGGAGGCCUCAGUUAUGAGUGGCAGAGCUUUCUGUGUAUAAUUUGUCUAAAUAAUUUGUCUAAUAAAAAUGUUUUCUAAA